GUGGCUUUAGGCAACAGUGCCGGGUGAUCCCGUGCUGGCGACGCUGAGUUCCCGGGGAAGUGGAAGCAGAAGGGCUCCCCAAGGCCCGAGGCUGGAAUCUCCUAGCUGUGGUGCCGGGUCCCCUCCCAGUCCCGGGCCGUGGUGACAGCUGUGGGGAGUCGGCUGCUGGAGACCUAGCGCUUUGUCUACAGCCGCGCUUUGGGGACGUGGGCGUGCCCGUAGUAUUCGCCACCGAGCCAGGAGGCUGUUCGACCGGGGAGGAGCCGACUCGCAAAGCCCUUGGGAAAGCUCUCAGCCAGCACCCUGGGUUCUCGGGUUGUUUGUUUGCUGAAGAACUGCUUCCUGGAGCCCGGGCUCUGUGGCCAACGCUGUGACAGCCAACCUUCUGGCGGUAAUAAAAGGUUUAAAUCACCGGAAAGUGCCCCAGGCGCAUGCACCAAUCUCCCAGCACUCGGGGUUCACCCUGGGAUUUUGGUGACCGGCAGAGCUGGGCCAACACUGAUGGAAGGAAGAGGGGAAAGGACCCAUUAGGACCCGUUUGCUGUUGCUUUCCAGACUGUGUGAACUGAAGGGCUGUACAAAAGAACAACCUUAACUUGUUUCUGGAAGCAUCUGGUUUCGGGACUGGAGCUCCAAGGUCAGGGGUGACGUAAAUGGCUCGACUCCCCGUGGGCAUCCGCUUCAUCAUCUCCUUCUCCAGGGAUCAGUGGUACCGGGCCUUCAUUUUCAUGCUGACAUUUCUACUAUAUGCAAGCUUCCACUUAUCCCGAAAGCCUAUCAGCAUAGUGAAGGGCGAGCUUCAUAAGCAAUGUGCUGCGGGGGAUGAGCCUGAUCCCAGAUUCAAUGGCCCAAGCAGCAGUACCAAGCAUGGCCCCACCCACUGGCUCCUGCACAAUGAGACUGACUGUGGCUGGGCCCCCUUCGAUAAGAACAACUACCAGCAGCUACUUGGAGCCCUGGAUUACUCCUUCCUGUGCGCCUAUGCCAUUGGGAUGUACCUGAGUGGCAUAAUAGGGGAACGCCUGCCGAUUAGGUAUUACCUGACUUUUGGGAUGCUGGCCAGUGGCGCCUUCACAGCCCUGUUCGGCUUGGGCUAUUUCUAUAACAUCCACAGCUUGGGAUUCUACGUGGUGACCCAGAUCAUUAAUGGACUGGUACAGACCACAGGCUGGCCCAGCGUCGUCACCUGCCUCAGCAACUGGUUUGGAAAAGGAAGGCGAGGCCUGAUCAUGGGGAUCUGGAACUCCCACACCUCUGUGGGCAACAUUCUGGGAUCCUUGAUUGCCGGCUACUGGGUGUCCACAUGCUGGGGACUGUCAUUUAUUGUGCCCGGGGCCAUCGUGGCAGCCAUGGGGAUAGUGUGCUUUCUCUUUCUCAUUGAACAUCCAAAGGACAUCAAAUGCUCCUCCACCCUGCCCACGCACUCCAAAAUCUCAGAGAAUGGCAUAAACAGAUUUAGAUUGCAGAAGCAAACCACACAUACCGAAAAGAAUGGACCUCUGGACCCAGAACUGCAGUGUUUACUGCUGUCAGACGGGAAGAGCUCCCUCCACCCGAGCCACAUCGUUGUCCUCCCUGGUGACAGCAGUGGCAGCAUGGUAGCCAUCAGCUUCACAGGAGCCCUGAGGAUCCCAGGCGUGAUUGAGUUCUCUCUGUGCUUGCUGUUUGCCAAACUGGUCAGCUACACAUUCCUGUUCUGGCUCCCGCUGUACAUCACCAACAUAGACCACCUGGAUGCCAAGCAAGCUGGCGAGCUGUCCACACUGUUUGACGUGGGCGGGAUCUUUGGUGGGAUCCUAGCAGGCGUGAUCUCUGACCGCCUGGAGAAACGAGCUUCCACCUGUGGUCUGAUGCUGUUGCUGGCGGCACCCACGCUCUAUGUCUUCUCCUCCGUUAGCAAGAUGGGACUGGAAGCCACCAUAGCCAUGCUGCUCCUCAGUGGGGCCCUAGUCAGUGGGCCCUAUGCACUGAUCACCACCGCCGUCUCUGCAGACCUGGGGACUCACAAAAGUCUGAAAGGGAACUCUCACGCCCUGUCCACCGUGACCGCCAUCAUUGACGGCACUGGAUCUGUAGGAGCUGCCUUGGGUCCCCUGCUGGCAGGGCUCAUCUCCCCUUCCGGAUGGAGCAACGUGUUCUACAUGCUGAUGUUUGCAGACGCCUGUGCCUUACUGUUCCUGAUCCGCCUCAUACACAAGGAACUGAGCUGUCCAGGACCAGCUGCAGGGAUCCAGGCUCCGCUGAAGGAACACUGACCAUGAGUCCUCUGGAGUGCUGGGACCCAUCUUUGGAAAAGCUAAAGUGAAGGAAGGACCUGUCAUAAAAAGGGAGCCUCCUUGUCUUUGCAUAUGCAUCUGGGAGCGACUCACAAGCCACCCUGAGACUUGCUGGAUAGACAGACAUGGAGCUCAGAAUGACAGUGGGGAGUCUGCCUGGCUGUGUCCCACUGCCUUAAUGGGCCGAGGCCCAAUGGCCCAGCCAGUCCCAGCCUGGCAGGUGCACAAUGCCCGCUAGCCACUGAACUUUUUAGACUGUACAGUGACAGGCAGGACUGGCCUACAGCACCCAGGCAGCCCACCCGUCUCAGGUAUCUGGUGCAAAAUGUUAUAUAGCCUGUGAGGCUGGGCCAUCCCGCUGUCCUGUUUCCUGAAUGUGCAUGAUGAAAGGACAGGACAUGUCACAAAUGUCCCAGCAUCUAGUCAACAGCCUCAGAAUGGCUCGAGAAAGCCAGAUCACAGACAGAAACAGAGGUGGAGUCCACACCCAGCAGUCACGAAGACCCAUGCUCAGAACCAGCCAGGAAACCGGCCAUGUCAGAUGUGAAUGACUGUGAAGCAAUAAGCCCCAAUAAGAUAGGAACACUGGGAAGGCCAGUCCCAAAACAUGUGCUGCGGUCCUCUGCAGGACUGAGAGAGCACAGAAGCUGGGAAGGGCGCUUCAUUGGGUUCCAGGAGCAAUGGGUCCUACCCAGCCAUUCCUCUUACCCCAUGCCCGGGCUGUUUCUAGACCCAUAGGGAUUAUUUAUUUUAAAUGUAUAAUGUAUUAUAUAGAUUUUAAGAGAUAUAAAUGGGAUUUUGUUAUUUAUUUAAGACAAACUAUGAUUGUUCUGUGGUCAUUUGUUGUUUUGGUUGUAUAUAUCUCCUCUUUGAAAUAAAUGAG